UGCUUGGAGCUGGGAGAAAGAGAGACAGAUCAAGAAGAAGACUAAGAAGAGGCAGCAUCACUGCACAUCCUCUCUGCCUGAUCUCUCUGUUUCUGACACUUCCCAUUACGGACUAGAUUUCUCCAUAGGUGGAUCCUUCGUUGUGGGACAUUUUUCUACUUUUUUUUCUGGAACAAGAUGCAGGCACAGUUUGCAUGUGUGCUUCUCCUCUGUCUGAUUUGUGGUGGACUUUGCACAGAUGUCGACCAGGAGCAGAGAGCUUUAGAAGAUGAACUACUGAGCAGCCUCUUCUCUAAGAUGAAACAGAAUAGGCAGAGUGCCCCCUACUGGCCUCUCUCACUAGCCAACCUGUGUAAGGUGAUGAACAGCCUGAAACAACCGUGGCAGAAGCCAUGGAGCAACGAGGAGGAGGAAGAGGAGGAGGAGCUGAGGGAGGGGAGAACCCGGCCGCUAGAGGAACUCUUCAUCUUGCAGGACAUCUGUCAAGGGCAGCAGACCCGGGAGGAAAGACUACUUCGCCAGUCUCUGGGUUAUCUGGAAGGAGAGCAGGUGGGCGACACGCCGCUCAAGAGGAAAUCUCCCUACAUCCUGAAGCGGCAAGCGGCUCACACGACCAAGUCCCGGAGGCCGUACAUCCUGAAACGAAGCACAUUUUACUGACGGCCACGCCCGUGGCACUGGCUAGGAUAGACGCUAUACAUUCUGUGAAUAAUGUGGCAGUGCUUUCUUUGUUAUCCCCCCCAUAUAUGCAUCGUUUUACUGUUUGUUGUCCUACUGGGCGAGAUAUCCAUCGUUUAGACUUACAUACCUGUAUUCUGCUUCCUUGAGGUAUGGGACCUGUAAAUAAAACUAUCAAUGAGCAUCAAGUAAGCUGUGUAUCUUUUAAAGAACAUAUUUAGUUACUUACUUAUUUGUCCACA